AUGUAUAAAGGCCAAGCUACACUUCACCCAUUCGCCUACGGUGUUCAUACACACAGCCAUGGCGUUUUGAAUGAAGGAUACGUUCUUGAGGACAAAAAUAAAUAUUUGAUUGGAUCCAAAUCACCACAAGUUCCUCAGAUAUUUUAUCCAGUGGAGAACAAAUCGCUUGAAAUACAUAAUGGUGAUAACAUUGCAGCAAUGUGCAUCAUGAAAAAUGAUGAAGAUAGAGUUAUCCCAAUGGGAAGUACACGUCAGGAUGAAAUGUGCCAAUUCUACGUGAUGUACUGGGUUGAUAAAGACAAUGAGGAUCAGCUGUAUGAUGAAAAAAAUCAAAUUUGCUAUGUCGGUGACGAAUCGGAUAUUGAGAAUGAAAUGAAAAAUAUGUAUGAAUUAUCCAUUUCACAAUUCCCCUGGACAGAUUUUGAUUUUCAAGCUGAAGUAGACGAUGAACCUUUAUUUGAAUUUAACUGAUUUCAUCAACUGACAACCGUUGAUAGC